AUGCCGCGAACUCCGCCUUGGCUUUUUCGACGGGCCAGACGACACUCGCCCCAUGCCGCAACACUGCUUCUUGCCUGCAAGAGCUUGCCGCUCGCGCUCAAUGAGCUGCGCUGGAUCAGAGAAUAUGUCGACCUAAACACCAAUCCUGCUCAGCGAGAGCAGCGCUUGCAUGCGCUCUGUCGCCAAAGAGGCCAGGGUGUGCCCCUCCAAUAUGUCUUGAAAUCACAGCCUUUUGGCCCGUUGGACAUGAAAUGCAAGCCUGGUGUGCUCAUUCCGCGGCCAGAAACCGAGGCUUACACAUACCAUCUUGCCAGUGAGGUGAAGAGGCUCGGACGCCGAGAGGGCUUGCAGGAGCUCAGGGUGCUGGACUUUUGCACCGGCACAGGCUGCAUACCUCUACUUUUGUUUUCUCUUCUUCAGAGAUCCUUCAACGUUUUGCAAGUACAUGGCGUUGAUAUCUCGGCAGAAGCGGUCAACUUGGCCCGGGAGAAUCUGGCUACGAAUGCGCGAAUGGAAAACCUAAACAUUGUGCCAGGUCAAAAGCAAGUGGAAAUCAUCCAAGGCGACCUCUUUAGCGACUCGGAGAUGGAAACGAUAGUCUCUACGAAUUGGGACGUUUUGACCGCGAAUCCACCCUAUAUUUCGCUUGACGUCUGGAACAGCGGUCGCGGGCAAAUGGGCCAUUCCGUUCGCAAGUUUGAGCCUGCGCUAGCCCUGGUGCCUGGCGCCCAUCUUGAGCCGCCACCGGGGUGGCAAAGUUCAGAUGUCUUCUACGCUAGGCUGCUCGACGUUGCGUACAGGGUCAAACCGAAGCUGCUGCUCUUGGAAAUCGGCGACGAGCCGCAGGCCCUGCGAGUGGUAGGGAAUUGUCUCAAUCACCAACUUGCCAGCCACUCAACCAUUGAACUCUGGCGCGACACACCAGAUGUGCAGGGGGACUCAUAUUGCCAGCAAGUUGAGGUUGUUUCUCGCGAGGGGCAGAAGUGUUUGGUACCAGUAAAGGGAAGCGGCAAUAUUCGAGCAAUAAUCAUUAGGAGCGUUGACGCUGCGGCCUUUUGA